AUGCACUUGAAAGCCUUCUUUGCAUUUACCGAUUUUGCCACAGGCCUCGAAAAUGACAGUGAGAACUGCGGGUCCCAACCCGUCCACCAUCGAGCUCCAAGAAACCACGUUCUUCUCUGCCGUGCCAUUAAAAACCUUAACAGCCUCCUCGAAUCUCCCCUUUUUCAAAUACCCAUUGAUCAGAAUAUUAGAGCAAAAUGGGUCCCGCCAUUUUACAGGGGCCUCACUAUACAGUCUCUCGGCCUCUACGAACCUUCCGGAUUUGGCGAAACCCAUGACCAUGGCAGAGUAAGACACAGCGUUCCUCACCGGCAUUCUGAGGAACAGCCUGAAAGCCUCGUCGAGGCCGCCGCUCGAUCCGCUCCUCACAUACGCCGUGAUCAUGGCGUUCCACGUGGCAACAGUUCGUUGGGGCAUAUUUUCGAACACCUGGCGGGCCAUGGCGGUGUAGGAGACGACGGUCUUUUCCGGAAUGCGUCGGAACAGGGACUCCGCCUCCCGGAUGUUUCCUCUCCGGCCGUGUUCCGUGAUCUGCGAGUUGCAGUAGACGACAAACUUGCUGGCCUUGGGCGGUGGUUUUGGGAAAGUUUGGGCUGCGGAGGUUGA